AUGAUGGGAAAUUCCACUCAGAUUUCUUUCUUCACAUUCACUGCUUACAUCCACAGUGGACAGCUGAAAUCUGUGUAUUUUAUCACUGUUCUGCUCCUCUAUCUGUUCAUAGUUCUUUCUAAUGUUCUGCUUGUUGUGGUCAUCGUUUUAAACAGAAGCUUACAUGAACCCAUGUACAUGCUUCUGUGCAGCCUGUUUUUUAAUGAGCUGUAUGGUAGUACAGGGCUGUUUUUCUUUCUCAUGGUUCAGAUUCUCUCAGACAUUCACACCAUUUCUCCUUCCCUCUGUUACCUGCAGGUCUUCUGUUUGUACUCUUAUGGAGGUGUGGAGUUCUGGAUACUGACCGCCAUGUCUUACGACCGAUACCUCUCUAUCUGCUUUCCUCUGCAGUAUAACACACGAAUGACCACUAACAGAGUCUUGUCUCUCAUUGCAGUGAGCUGGCUGAUUCCUUUUCUGAUAGACUGUGUUUUAAUCUCACUGGCUGUAACUUCAGAGUUGUGUGACACUGAUAUCAACAGACUAUACUGUGAUUUUUACUCCAUUUUUAAACUGGCAUGCCAUGGCACAGCAGCCAGCCAUUUCACUCAAUUAAUUUCCUCCAUAGUCCUAAUCUUAUGUUGUGUAACUCCAGUCCUGUAUUCUUACACCAGGAUCUUCAAAGUUUGUUGUCGUGGCUCCAAACAGACCAGACAGAAAGCCUUCAGCACCUGCAUGCCUCAUCUUGCUUCUCUUUUCAACUUUAUUUUUGGAAUUUAUUUGGAAGGAGUGCAGGCUAAGUUUGAUGUUGACGGUGUGCCCCAAACGCUGCGAGUCUUUACAUCACUGUACUUCCUCAUCUGCCAGCCUCUGGUCAACCCUCUGAUAUACGGACUCAAACUGCCCAAAAUCCGUAUCAAAUGCAAGACUCUCAUUUUUGGUUGA